AUGUAUAUGACGCCAGCUGUAAAUACAGAAGAAAAUUAUACAGGGCUGUCAGCAACCCAAACUGACGACGUUGAAGGACAAUACGAUGACAUUAUUGAAGUAGCAGCGACAAAUGGUCAGGUGCAACCAGCUAGUAACAAGGAUACUUACAAAGGAAGCACAGUGGGGCAGCUCGCAACAGCUCUGAGAGCCGAAAUCUUGAGAGCCCGGCGAAUGAGGCUCUUCAUGUUGACGGUCAUUAUCGUAACGUUCGUGAUCGCUGUUGCCGCUUUGGUUUUGGUCAUAAUGAAGAUGGCGGAUGGAGAAGGUGCAGCCGCUCCGAAGCAGGAAACAAAAGCACAAGGUAAGCGGAAUGACAAGCUGUUUUCUCAUGGUUCUACUUGCAUGUUUCUCGAUUUUUUUCACCACGGAAUUUGGUUUUUGUAUAGAAUUUUGAUUAAGGCUUCUUAUUUUUGAGAGAGGUAAUUAUGCGAUCGAUUUAAUACGUUGCGUCAUUACUAUAUUAUUGUUUAAAAGCGCGUAACAUGUGGACCGAGCACAUCUCUCCUGAUGAAAAUGGUUGUAGAUUUUGUUUUUAAACAACAAACCCCCGACUUUUUUGCUUCAACGAAAAAAAAACACCUCCCCGCAAGUUAUAAAAUUCCGUCCGGUAGUUGUAGUAUACAGUAUUUGGACUGCGCUAUUACUAAACAAAAAAACUACAGUGUGGCUACCAUGCAAAUCGGGUAUUGGAAUUUUAAUCCUUCUCUAACCACGCAAAGAACAAUAACAAGUGUUGACUUCUUUACCCACCAAAAAUAUAACCAUGCAGCAACAUUUAACGGUUGGAGUAACCUAACUAGGCUCAACUUAACCUGAGAUCAGGCUCAAUUUUCGUUCCGGCGGGCAAGGCGAAACCAAAAGAGAGCCUGAUACAAACCUUCUACGAAACGCCUGCCGCCCUCUUUUUGGAUUCAUUGACAUUUGCAGGAGUCAGCCAACCAAAAUUACUUCCGUUGCUAGUUUUUUUUAGUAUGCAAAUUUUUCAUACCUGGGAAAACUGCAGACUCGCUGACUUAAAAAAAAGCUUUUACCUUUUAAUUUUUUAAACUAAAAAUAAAACAGUCAGCACAAUCACAUUUCACUUCUUGCGAGAUUAAAGGAGAUCUCGAAGGUUAUUUCUGUUGGCGUAGAAAGUAAAAAGUAUUCGUAAAGACGGCGACAUGAUUUCUAUUUUUCUGUUGCCUUUAUCUUUUCCUUGGCAAUUUUGCCCGAUUUUCAGUACAUAAAUCUUUAAAAAUCUUGGAGAAAUAAAUCGCGAACUUUUUCAAAGGAUAUAUAAAUUAUCUCAGAACAAACAAAACGAGCAUUUAAUUUAGCUGAUUUAACUGUCCCGUGAGUACACUAUGUCUUGCAAUUUGCGAAUUUACUAGAGAAACAAACGUAUAAUAAAUAUAUUUUUUAANGGGGGGGGGGGGGGGGGGGGGGGGGGGGGGGGUUACAUCGCAGUUGAAUUGACGGGAUGAUCAAAAAAUCCCUUUGUGGGAUGUAUUCGUUACAGUUUGUGUUUUUCGAGUGUUUAACAUGCGAAAUACGUCGAGUAAUUCAGUGUUUGACCAUGAGUAGAGGAACAAGAAGUAAACUGCUUCGUCUUAUUUAUUUCUGUGCUUCGCUCUACUGGAUUUUAACGGGCUAACGUCACGCUAUUUCAGAAAAAUUCAGGAAAUAUCUGAAUUUCAUUAAAAUUUUGAAAGCCGGUUCAAUAAAAUAAGAGAAAUUUGGAAAAGCCAAAAAUGAGCAGGAAUCAGCGAAACUAAAGAUGAUCAAACCGGACGAUUGCACUCAAGUUAUCUCUAAACUUAUGAAACUGUGUUUUCUGAUGCAUUAUUUUGUCAAUGAAAAGCAAUUUUUUAGAAAAUUGUUAAAAAAGGUCUCACUGCUUUUUGAAAUUUUUACUUUACCAACCCUCGCGGAGUUCAAACAGUUCAUCGUCAUCUCCUCAAAUUACGUCAAAACAAUAAAAAAAUCACAUGAACAAUAAGAUUUUAUGUUAGCCUUAACAGAUGCAUGCGUUGUUUUAACAUGUGGAUUUAGCUAGGGCUAUAAUUUAAAUCAAACACGUUCAUGUGACUUUUGAGGGAAAAGCUAAAUGACUUUAAAGUAAAAUAAUGUGCAAAUAGUCCAAUAGUGAAACAAAUCUGACAUCGAGUUAAUAGCCUUAUAUUUACACCCAAACGAUAGCAAUCAUCUUCGAUGAGUCAAGAGCCAUAAUGGUAAAUGCAAUUUACACAUUGUAUUAAAAUUAAAAGGUUUCAUUCCUUUGUUUAAGAGGGAGGCCCAAAUAAAAAAAAAUCAAGCCCAAUUUUUUUUCGACAAGUUUACUUUAUUACAAAAUCUUGCCAACAAAUCUGGUGAAGUGUAAGCUAGUCAUGCAUCUAUACUUUUUAUGCAUCAUAUCUGAGGUAAACAGUAUACUAUGAAGCUGUGUUUUUUUUACGGUAAGCUUACAUACCUCGGACAGAAUGCGGUUUUUCACAAUUUUACAGGACAAAUUGUUAGUUCCCAAUAAUCGCAGACCUCGUAAUUCACAAAAACUGAACAUAUUUUUUUUUUAAAACAGCAAGUGGAUAAAGAUCUUUUUAUUACAGAACUGUAGGUGUAUGGAAUUCCCUUGACCAGUCUCUUGAAACUUUCUAGGAAUGUAAAACUUUUUAAACAGUCUCUUGCAUCUAAGUUAUUGCAGGAACAAUAAGAGAUCUAAUUUCCUCGGCUUUGAACAUUUGUAAAUAUUGUAGAUUUCCACUAUAAGUAAUAUAUGUUAAUAUUGUUAAUAUUCCUUUAUUCUUAAUAUUCCUUUUUCGAGCUGUUUUUCAGAGACUCUUACCACAAGAUUAAAAAAAAAAAACUUAACAUGCUGAUUAUGUGACUCGAAACUAAAAUGAAAGUUUGACAUCCGUGAUUAGUUACUGGGUCCGUGAACCGUACAAGAGGAACCCCCCACCCCCUUCCCCUCCCUUCUACGACCCUCCGUAUAAAAUAAAGGUGCAUGGGGUAGGUGGAAAAAUAGGUCAUUUUGCACUGAUGGGAAGAAUUUGUUUUCCACGCCUCAUCUAGUGCCGUCAACGGUGAUUGUUAUUCAUUGGGUGUAAGAUUUUAGAUGUUGUUUCUUUCUUACACUUUGCAAAUGAUGUUUUCUCUACAAUCACACAGCCCCACCCUUAAAAGUCAUAUGGAUUUCCCCAGUUAACUGAUUUGUGGAUACAAGUUUAUAGUUUGAUUUAAAUUACAAAUUUAUAACUGGAGCUAAGCUUUUAGCCCCGGCUAAAUCUAUAUAUAUAACAUUACAUUUAUUCCGUGGUAGGUUUUCUCUCUUUCUAUUGCUAAUAUUCUUAUUGCAAUAGUUAGAACUAGCCAGUUAAUUUUAAAAUUAUUUCUGUACUUAAUAGCUUAUUAUUGAAAAGCCCCUUCGGGAAAAAUAAUAAAAUAUGUAUGUGACCUUUAUUGAAGUAGGUAUAUAAGUUUCUUUUUUUUUUAAAUGAGCGGAUUCUCGCGUGCUGAUUGAACGGGAGCUGUACAGUAUUCGAUAAGAUUACAGACCAUACGACGUAAACGACCACACGUUACGGUGGCGCAAUUUGUUUUUCCUUUUCUCUCGCGCGCGAUUUUCCGAGAAACUUCAACGAAAAUGGACGUCAAAACUUUGCAGUGAAACCACUCGGCCGCGGCUCUUGGUUCCACUUGAGUUUUGAACACUUUGACGUCAUUUGUUUAGUCAAUAAGAGUAUAGACCAAUGAAAAUUGUUGUCGAUUUGCUAUGUUGUUUUUCAGAGACCCUGUUUAUUGAUGAAUCAUUGAAAGUCAGAUAAGUGAUUAUAGAUUAUUUUCAAAACCAUUCUAGAACAUUCAGAGCUGUCUUCACAAACCUCGGCGCGAGCGGAAGACUGCCACCAACUUCCCUUGGUAGUUACUACAGUGGUCAGGAUCAUGACGGUCAAGUUACAUUGGUCAGCGGUAUUCAAAGCUGGACCGUGCCGUACACAGGCGACUACAGAAUAGAGGCAAUAGGAGCUGCAGGGGGGUACGACACGAGAAGUAGCGGGGGCAUAUAUCGUGGAAGAGGUGCUAGAAUGGAGGGGACUUUUAACUUAUCUCAAGGCGAAACAAUUCAAAUACUCGUGGGUCAAGAGGGUGGAAUUAACAAGGUAACUACUUCUGCUGGAGGCGGUGGAGGUACGUUUGUGGUGAUGGUUGGCAGCAAAACGCCAUUGAUAGUGGCUGGUGGAGGAGGAGGCGUGAAUUAUUCCAACACAAGAUAUACUGGAUGUGAUGCAACGACGGAGCAUAAAGGGAGAACUGGGCACCUGUCAUUGGAGGGAGGCAGUGGUGGUUCCGGAGCAAAGACCGGCCAGAGUACAAAUCAAGGUGAGAAAAUUUAACUGUAUAAGAGUGGAUUCUUCUUUUAAAAGCACCAAUCUUGUGACCAUCAGUUUGGAAUCAGUAAGAUAAUCCACUAAACUACCCUGGCUCCAGAGGUCCGUUCUCAAAAUACCUAAUAUUAAAUGAACCGUGCUUAUCGUUUGAUAAGGCUUCCGAGACGAGAAAGCAACCUCAUUUCCAUGCGAGAAAUCAGUUCAGAAUCUGAACUGGGUCGCCGAUUAGUUACUCCCACGUCCGCGGGGGGCUGAUUAGGGAGCUUAAGCAAUAGGUUUAGAUUGGCAAAACAACAACUUUGCACGUGCGUCACGCUUUUUUUAAAUUUCUUUGCCGUUACUGCACGAUUAUAACGUUCACGUUUUCUCGUGGACGGGAACACAAGACAAAAACUUUCUUUUUCUUUUCCUGAACUUUGAUAGAGUCUCUUAGAAUUCAACUCCAAAAACAUUUGCCAACAUUUGACGAAGUAAACGAGAUGGAAUAAGCAGGAUAACGUUUGAAGCAACGCGGAUUCACUUUUUUAGUGACGUUUUCGCAGCCGUCGCCGUCGUUGUUGCUUAAGCUCCCUAUUAACGCUGUGACAGUGACCUUGAUUGGCCGCAUCGUAGAACUUCACAGCAAGAGAUAAAAAAACCGCUUGCGAUGUUCAUAACAAACAAUAUAAUCCCGGGUUAUAAUUCGGAGAUCUCGGCUUUCAUGUUUCCUUUUGGAAUUGAAGAGUGACUAAGCAAUCUCUGGCUAAACUUCCAAAAUAAUUUAAGCGAACAUCCGACAACUGGAUCAACGAUGCUCGAGGAAGAAGCUUUGCUUGAAUUUUUCCAGCUUUGUCUUGCUGGGCUCAGUUCCGCAGUCAAGUUGUUUGCAUGAUGUCCACGAUGUUGAAUUCUCACGGAUAGUACCCUGGUUGCAAAAGUUUUUUUCUUUUUUCCCUAAUUCCUGAUUGUUCGCGGCGCGGUUUAUUUGCUAAAAAAUGCAGCAGAAUGAUGUUUUAUUUGGUAUAGCCGUUUUGUCUGGCAAUAUUUACUUUGACCUGGUAAAGUAAUACAAGUGUCGCGGACCUCUUUUUAUCCUGUUGACUUCUAAAAACAUGCAGAGUGUGUACUUCUCAGACUUCUUAGCUGACUUCUGUCCUUUUUAUAUACUUGUAAACUUGAAGUGUAUUUUUAGGAAAAGAAUUUGUGACAACUUUUAAUACUCCGUAGCAAAGUGAGCUUUCGCGCAAUCCUAUUGUCAUGCAUCGCAGACGCAGAAUCACGUACGAUCAAAUCUAAGCUGUCAGCGUCAGUGAAAACAAACAUGCACGGUUUGGUGAGAUAUUUAAUCCUAAAAUUGCAUGGAAAUGAGACUUGUAGCUCCUGUGACCAGAGGUUUUUUUUUUCUCUCGGCGCUUCGCGCCUCGUUGACGCGGCUUCGCCGCGAACUAUCAGUAUCGAUAAGACAAAAAUAUCCUCUGGAACCCAGGGUACCACUAAACAAGCUUUUCUUGAAUAACUGACACUUUGAAGUUAUUAAUAGAGAGAUUAAGCAUCGCGUUUUCGGAAAAAGGCAAACGUACAUUUGUACUACGUGACCAAGGUUUCCCGUUAAUUGUCGUUUACCGGUUCAUUAUAACUACACGAAAAUCGGUAGAUUCACGCCAAUUCUAUUCAUUUGACUGCUCAUUUCUCAUUUUGAAAAAUUCUCAACUUGAAUCUCCCGUUUGCCGCUUUUGGCACAGUAAAUCACAUCUCACUCUCUACUCUCUUCUAUAUUUUUAGAUGGUGUGAAAGUUAUUUAACGUAUUUAUUCGAAUAAGCGCCCAACCUCGAAUUAGCGCCCACCUCGAAUAAGCGCCCAUCCUAAAGGCAGAAAAGGUUAAUAAGCGCCCAGCCUCGAAUAAGCGCCCACCCCCUCUUCCUCCCAGUCAAACUCAAAUAAGCGCUCACCCCCACCCCACCCACUUGAGUGAAUAAAUUCUAAUAAGAGACUUCCCCGAGGACGGAGUCUUCUUCAGAGUAUUUUACAGAAACCUUGCGUUGUUACUUCUUCGCGUUUUGUUAUUAGCAUUUAUUGUUUUGUAGCAAAAUAAACAUACUUCACUUGCUGAAAAUGGUGAAAAUUUAAUAAGCGCCCAGCCUCGAAUAAGAGCCCACCUCGAAUAAGCGCCCACUCUCGAGGUCCAAAAAUUUAAUAAGCGCCCAGGGCGGUUGAUCGAAUAAAUACGGCAACUCCAUUUACUUGCGUAAACCAUUCAGCUCGCCGAAUUUUCUUCAACUGAAAUUUUUGAUUACGUGAUAUUUACACUUGGGAAAAAUUUCAUCCUCUUUAUCUAGGUAUCGUAGCGAAAAAUAUUGCCAUUCAAUCAUUAGCCCGCGAAACAGCCGUCAUUCUCGCUCCUCGCGUCCCUAGCGGCUAGGCUUUGGUAGAUUGUGCUCGAAAAAAAAGCAUAUUAUGCUUUUUGCACUGCUCAUAUUUUUUAGAAAUUAUGCCAAAAUUUUGCUACUUAGAUUUUACACUGAUUUUAAGGAAAAUAAAGAUAAUCAGUAGCUUAACUCUAUCAAUUUUGACUUUAAUGAACAUUCAUAUAGUCUACCUUCCAGUCUUACAGUCUUUAGCAUCGCAAAUACGCAUGUGCGCACCUCGAAAAGCCAAAUGAUUACCAAAUGAUAUCCAAAUCAACCGUUUCUGGGUUCUGAAUCCGGGUCAGAUAGUUAUAGCCCGUAUACUUGUUUUAGACGCUAUCCAGGCAAAGCCCUCAGUUCAGUAUAAAGACAACUAUGAAUGUUGUUAAUCUCUGUGUUAUCGGUUAUUGUACUGAAGCAUUACACAAGCCUAUAAAUAGUCCACGAGAGCAUGGUCUUGUGAAUCGUUGAACGAUGAGUUAAGAAUAGAGAAUACUCGUUCAGCUGCUGCAGACGAGGGCCCUGGCACUGGAAGUGGCGGAAGUGGUGGAAGUGGAUGCACUCGAGGACGACGCCAUCUUUGAUCUGAAGCCUGAGGGGCCGAGCCGCCGAGCCAUAAGCGUGGUGGCCUAAGGAGAGUCUAAGUCUCUCAGAUAUGCACAGGGUGACCUAAGAAGUAUGAUAUUUGACCAUGGGCCUUAGCACAGACCUCAAUAUUUUCCAAAAACAAUACAGAAAUAAAAUACAAACUGAAUUAUUCCAGAGCUAUGAUGGUCUUUUUUUUUGUUUUCAACGCAUAAAAGCUCGGAUUAUGCUAGCAGUGCUAAACUGAAAUAAAAGCUUAAAACAGUGCUCGUUUUGCUGAAUUAUGCUUAAAAUUAUGCUAGCACAAUCUACCAAAGCCUACUAGCGGCAGGAAGUUCGCCACCCUUUUUUGAAUCUGUUUCUGGUAAAGGAAACUUACAGUACAGUUGGAUAGUGCUCUCCGUCUUUUAAACUACUGAGAAUCGGAAAGAAAAGGGAAUUUGUAAAGCUUCUUUAUUUCUUUACUUUAGGCGGUGGCGGCGGUGGGUUCUACACCAGUGGACGAAGUUCAACGCAGUUUGGAGGUUCCAUGGGGACUGGUGGAGAAGGCGGUGGAGGGUUUCUUCAGGGAGGAGUGGGUGGAAGAGCUAGUAUUAACAAUGUUGGUGAGGGAUUUGGAGGAGGUGGUGGUGCUCAUGGAAGGGAAGGAGGUGGUGGUGGUGGUGGAGGCUACUCUGGGGGUGGUAACGGGAAAGGUUUACAGGAAGCCUGUGGAGGAGGAGGAGGAUCCUACAACGCUGGAAAGAAUCAGCAAAAUGAAUGUUGUUACAAUGCUGCUGGACAUGGUCAGGUGACCAUAACACUAAUUUAA